AUGGGGAACCAGGACGGGAAGCUGAAGCGGAGCGCAGGUGAAGCCCUGCACGAAGGCGCAGGCGGCGCCGAGGAUGCCGUUGGGCCCAGGGAUGUGGAAGCCACAAAGAAGGGGAGCGGGGGCAAGAAGGCGCUGGGCAAGCACGGCAAGGGCGGAGGGGGCGGCGGCGGGGAGCCGGGCAAGAAGAAGAGCAAGUCGGAAUCCAGAGCCUCCGUGUUCUCCAACCUGCGGAUCAGGAAGAACCUGUCCAAGGGGAAGAGCACCGGCGGCUCCCGCGAGGAUGUGCUGGACGCCCAGGCCCUGCCGGCCGGGGAGCUGGACAGCGCGCACUCCCUGGUCACCAAGACGCCAGACCUCAGCCUCUCGGCCGACGAGACGGGCCUGUCGGACACCGAGGGUGCCGACCCCUUCGAGGUAACCCGUCCGAGGGACCAUGGACCCGCGGAGGCCGGGGGUGGGGGCAGGGUGGUCUUGGAGGGUUUGGAGACCCCCGCGGGGACGCAGGACGGACAAAGGACCAGUUCGGGCUCGGACACGGACAUCUACAGCUUUCACUCGGCCACCGAGCAGGAGGACCUGCUUUCAGACAUUCAGCAGGCGAUCCGCCAGCAACAGCAGCAGCAGCUGCUGCUGCUCCAGGGCCCCGAGGAGCCUGCGGCGCCCUCCACAGCCGCCUCCCCCCAGCCCGGGGCCUUCCUGGGCCUGGACCAGUACUUGCUGGGCUCCAGCAGCGCAUCCGGGGGCGCCCCUCGUAGUCCGGACACGGAGCAGGCGGUGCCUGCGCGCUCCGACCUGCCCGGCAGCCUGGUCCCCGCGCCCCGGGCGCCCGAGCAGCCCCCGUCCCCCGGCGGCCCCGGGGCCUCGGCGGAGCCCGGCCUGCCCGUGGGCCAGCCCGCGGCUGCAGACUCGCCCUCCUCCACCGCCUUCGCGUUCCCCGAGUCCGCGCCGGGAGAGGGCUCAGCCGCGGCGACCGGGCCAGGGGUUGGGGACACUGACGAGGAGGGCGAGGAGGACGCAUUUGAGGAUGCCCGCCGAGACUCUCCGGGGGAGGCGUGGGGCCUGGGGCUGGGAGAGGGGCCCCCGGCGCCGGGGGCAGAGCCCGAGGGGGAGCCCGGCAGGCCCAGCGCCCCGGCGGCGGCCUCCCUGCCCAGCAGCCCCGCGCCCAGCCCGCGCUGCUUCAAGCCCUACCCGCUCAUCACCCCCUGCUACAUCAAGACCACCACGCGGCAGCUCAGCUCGCCUAACCACUCUCCCUCCCAAUCCCCCAGCCAGAGCCCCAGGAUCAAGAGGCGGCCGGAGCCCUCCCUGAGCCGGGGGCCCAGAGCCGCCCUGGUCUCGGCCGCCGCUCCAGCCAAGAAGCACCGGGCUGACGGCGGCCUCGCCUGCGGCCUCAGCCGCUCCGCCGACUGGACCGAGGAGCUGGGCAGCCGCGCGCCCCCGGCCGGGGGAUCUGUGCACCUGCUGGAGCGCGGGGCGGCCUCGGAGGGGAGUGGGGGGGCGCCCGCCGCGCAGGCCGCCAAGGUGUCUGGGGCGCCGGCGGCUGCGGACGGUUUCCAGAACGUGUUCACAGGGCGAACUCUGCUGGAGAAGCUCUUCAACCAGCAGGAGAACGGGCCUCCGGAGGAAGCCGAGAAGUUCUGCUCCCGGAUCAUUGCCAUGGGUCUCCUACUUCCCUUCAGUGACUGCUUCCGGGAACCGUGUGAUCGGAACGCCCAGUCCAGCUCAGCUCCGUUUGAUCAAGAUCAACUUUACACCUGGGCUGCGGUCAGCCAGCCCACUCACUCACUGGACUACACGGAAGGGCAGUUUCCCAGGCGAGCCUCGUCCGUUUGGCCACCAUCGAAGCCUCCUAAUGAAGAACACGGGCCGAAGGAUGCUGAAACAGAAUCUCAGUCUGCUGUUUUGGAAACUCCAAAAAAAAGUUCAGAUGCUGUUGAGCGGGAAGUUCUUGACAUGAAGUCUGAAGGACAAGCAACUGUCAUUCAGCAGCUGGAACAGACCAUCGAGGAUCUGAGGACCAAGAUAGCCGCACUGGAGAAGCAGUACCCUGCCCUGGAUGUGGACGUGGCCAGCGGCCAUCCCGGGGCUCAGAAUGGAGUGGCACCCUUAGAAGGUGUCUGUCUUGAAGCUCUCAGGUUAGGAGAAAAGGAUGUACGUCAUGAAAGGAUUUUACAGGCAAAGUCCAUCCAGACGUCGCCGACGGAAGAGGCUGGGAGACCAACACUGCCUUCUGUUUACGCACCACCGGAGUGUCCUCCCUGCCCCCCAGGGCCUGAACAUGGAGACUCAGCUCUGCCCUCCUCUCCUUCUGGACCUCAGACAAAGUUCUGCUCAGAGAUCUCUCUGAUUGUGUCUCCAAGGCGAAUAUCAGUACAGCUUGACACACAUCAACCCACCUUGCCUGCACCAACUCCGUCCCUUCCAUGGUCUGACAGUCAAAGACAGGCCGGGUCACAACCUUCCCAUCCUUCUCUUCAUACUGAGUUUGAAACCAGCCAGCAGCACUCUGUUUUCUCUUCCUUUGAAAACAGCCAUAGCAUCCAACCCUCACCACCUCUGCCUUGUAUAGAGUCUUCCGGCUCCAUGCCUGGAAUGGGCAUGAUGCUCCCCCCACCUCCCCCUCUCCCUGGCACAACAGGGCCUGCUCCUCCCAGUACAGCCAUCCCCCCACCUCCUCCUCUCCCUGGUACAGAGAUGCUACCACCUCCUCCUCCUCCUUUGCCUGGUGUGGGAAUACCUCCUCCCCCUCCUCUUCCUGUAGUGGGGAUACCUCCGCCCCCUCCUUUGCCAGGUGAGGGAAUACCUCCACCCCCUCCCCUGCCAGGUGAAGGAAUACCUCCUCCCCCUCCUUUGCCAGGUGAGGGAAUACCUCCUCCCCCUCCUUUGCCAGGUGAGGGAAUACCUCCUCCCCCUCCCCUUCCCGGAGUGGGAAUACCUCCUCCCCCGCCUCUUCCCGGAGUGGGAAUACCUCCUCCCCCGCCUCUUCCCGGAGUGGGGAUACCCCCUCCCCCGCCUCUUCCCGGAGUGGGGAUACCCCCUCCCCCGCCUCUUCCCGGAGUGGGGAUACCCCCUCCCCCGCCUCUUCCCGGAGUGGGGAUACCCCCUCCCCCGCCUCUUCCCGGAGUAGGGAUACCUCCUCCCCCGCCUCUUCCCGGAGUAGGGAUACCUCCUCCCCCUCCCCUACCAGGUGAAGGAAUACCUCCUCCCCCACCUCUUUCCCAAGUGGGAAUACCUCCUCCCCCUCCUUUGCCUGGACUUGGGAUUCCUCCACCUCCUCCUCUGCCAGGUAUGGGGGUCACAUCUGUUCCAGCUCCCCCUGCCACUUCUGGGACAGGCAUUCCCCCACCCCCUCUUCUUCCUGGAUCAGGCCCUCCCCUCCCCCCUCAAGCUGGAAGUAGCACUUUAUCAGCACCACAAGUGUGUGGCUUUCUUCCUCCUCCGUUGCCAGCUGGCUUGUUUGGAUUAGGGCUCAGCCAAGACAGAGGGAGUAGGAAGCAGCCUGUAGAGCCUUGUCGGCCCAUGAAGCCUCUGUAUUGGACGAGAAUUCAACUUCAUAGUAAAAGAGACACCAGUGCUUCACUUAUUUGGGAAAAAAUUGAAGAGCCAUCCAUAGAUUGUCAUGAAUUUGAGGAAUUAUUUUCUAAAACUGCUGUGAAGGAGAGGAAAAAACCCAUUUCUGACACCAUCACAAAGACCAAGGCUAAACAAGUGGUCAAGUUAUUAAGCAACAAAAGAUCACAAGCAGUUGGAAUAUUAAUGUCUAGCCUUCAUUUAGAUAUGAAAGAUAUACAACAUGCUGUUGUGAACUUGGACAAUUCUGUGGUUGAUCUGGAGACCCUUCAAGCUCUCUAUGAGAAUAGAGCACAGUCAGAUGAGCUGGAAAAAAUUGAGAAGCACGGCCGGUCCUCCAAAGACAAGGAGAACGCCAAGUCUCUGGACAAGCCCGAACAGUUCCUUUAUGAACUGUCCUUAAUCCCCAACUUCUCAGAGCGAGUCUUUUGUAUUCUGUUCCAGUCCACGUUUUCAGAAAGCAUUUGCUCAAUUCGUCGCAAACUGGAGUUGCUGCAGAAAUUGUGCGAGACAUUAAAAAAUGGCCCAGGGGUUAUGCAGAUCCUGGGUUUGGUUCUUGCUUUUGGCAACUACAUGAACGGUGGGAAUAAGACGCGAGGACAGGCAGACGGCUUCGGAUUAGACAUUCUUCCAAAGCUGAAAGAUGUCAAAAGCAGUGACAAUAGCAGAAGCCUUUUGUCCUAUAUUGUUUCCUAUUAUCUUCGAAAUUUUGAUGAGGAUGCUGGAAAAGAACAGUGCGUUUUUCCGCUGCCAGAGCCCCAGGACCUUUUUCAGGCCUCACAGAUGAAGUUUGAAGAUUUUCAAAAAGAUCUCAGAAAACUAAAGAAAGACUUGAAAGCCUGUGAAGUGGAGGCAGGGAAAGUAUUCCAGGUGUCCUCAAAAGAACACAUCCAGCCCUUCAAAGAAAAUAUGGAACAAUUUAUCAUUCAAGCUAAAAUUGAUCAAGAGGCAGAAGAAAACUCACUGACAGAGACUCAUAAAUGCUUUUUGGAGACGACAGCCUAUUUCUUCAUGAAGGCAAAACUUGGAGAAAAGGAGGUGUCCCCGAAUGUUUUCUUCAGUAUCUGGCAUGAAUUCAGCUCUGACUUUAAAGACUUUUGGAAGAAAGAGAACAAACUCAUUCUACAAGAAAGAGUAAAAGAAGCCGAAGAGGUCUGCAGGCAGAAAAAGGGAAAGUCACUUUAUAAAAUAAAACCAAGACAUGACUCUGGAAUUAAAGCAAAGAUAAGCAUGAAAACCUGAACAAUGAGAAGCAGAAUAAAUAUGAGUCACUGUAACCACUUCCACAAAAUUCAGCUGACCUGAGGGCGGGAAGGAAACUAACAUCAUUUUGUUCAUUUUUCCUCUUGACCUCUUGCAUAAUCUUUGUGUUUUCUAAACAGUUCACUGAUUGUUGAAUUUUACUGUAUAUUCAUAAAAAUGCAAAAGCAGUAGACCAGUGGAGAAUUUGACACCUUUUCUUUUUUGUAAAGUUUAUGGUAUUAUAUCGAUAGACCAAAACAACAGCAUGUAUAAGAGGCAGUAUUUCCAUUAAUGCUGAACAUGCUAAAUGUUAACCUAAAAUUUACUUUUGUGAGAAUAUUCCUUGUCCCAGCAAAACACUUUCCUUUCUACUGACAACCAGUACUCCUUAUCACUGCAUUGAGAUUUAUGGUUAAAAUGUUAUUUCUAGUGAAUCGUUUGUAUCAGUUCCAUGUCCACAUAUAAAUUUUCUAUUUUAAAAUUUAAGUUCCAUUUAUAUAUCAUGAUCAGGCUUUCCCAAUUCUUGGGUUGCGCUCCCUAACUAUAUAUUUGUGAAAGAAGAUUAUCAUUUUUUACUCAAGUCAGAUAAUGAAUAGAAGAAAUAUAGCAAAAGAGGUAAGCCCUUUCCUAUAUAUCAUCUAAUAUAGGCAGGAAUCAGAGUUUUAGGUUUAAUGAGGGCUUUUAUUGGCCUGUGUUGAGACCCUAUAUAAAGCUAAUGUUCAACUAAAAUAACCUACAGGUGUGCCUCUGUAUAACUUUACCAUUGGCCUUCACAAAGAGAACAUGAUUCCAUAUUUUGAAGGAAUUUAAUAAACGAUGCUCAUAAAGUUGCCAAACAUGACUAAUUGUUGGCCAAAAAAAGGGGGUGAGAAAGUGAGUUCUUGGAUGGAUUGACAUCUGUUACUUAAACAUACUACCUGCCUGAGUAUUUUUACAUGACUGGGAUUGUCUUUAUGUGUUAUAGCAGGUGAUUAAAGGCUGUAAAAGGAGUAUAUAAUGACUUGUUCUCUGAAGGAGCUUAGGAAAGGAUUUUCUUUUAUUUCACUUUGAGGGGUAAAAAAAAAAAAGUAAAUCUCUCACUCUUCGUGAGAGUACGUUAACAUCGUCUCAUGAUGCGUCGUGAUGGUUUUGUCUAACACUAAUAGGCGGGUUUUUAAAAAUUCUUUUGAUUGAUAUUUGUUGGAGGUUAUGGUGGUUGAUAUUUCUCGCUAUUGGAAACCAACUGAAAAGAGAAAAUGUUCCAAAUCAUAACUGCGUUUGCAUUUAUGUAAAGUACGGUCUCUUACCUUUUAGUUUGUAGUUUAAGUGCACAGAAACAGUAGUUGACUUGGGUUGUCGUUUUGUAGUCUUCUGUCUCCUUCAGCUCCUCUGAUGUGUAUAUUCCCAUUCUUCACUGAAAUAAUAGGGCAUUUAACAAAGAUCGCUAUGUGCAAUACUGUAUUUAGUGUUUCUAUUUCAAUUUUUCUAGGAUGUUAAUUUAUAUGAAAAUAAAAUGAAUAAUAAAAGA